AUGGGGAAGUCAGCGGAGGCCACUGUCCAAGAGGUCGAUGCCACUGCCUUUCACCUUUUGAAUGCCGAUUUCAAAGGGGUCAAUGCCUUCUGCGAAGGAGCGAAUGCACUUUGCGAAAAGACCUUGGGCGUUUCUCGUGAUGCGUUGCUGCAGUGCAGGCGUUUGCGGCUCGUCGCGCGUUUGGCAAAGGUCCUGCGACUGCUUUCUCAGCCAGGGGAGCGGCUGAGCAAUGCGGCUCGCGAUUGGGCCAAGACGCCCAAUAUCGACACACUCCUGGCAGUUCGGGACAUCGGCUUGGAAGAGGGUCCAGCCUCGCGUGCAGCAAGCGCAGAUCGGCUCCCCCGCGAGGUCUUCCAAGCAGCGCGCAAGCUGAGCCGUGAAAUGCUGCCGAAGCAUGUCGAGGAGGAUCCCAUCGAAAUCGCCUCCAAAGACUCGCAGGCCUCUACAGUGCCGGGAGAAGCUUCCAGGCCGGCAGAGUCGAGCGAGGACCGAGGUUUGAAGCGAUACAAGCCGGGCAAGCCAGGGCAGGGAGAAGGAUCUGCAGACCAAAGGCCUUCUCGCAGUGGCCCCAACAUCUUCGAUGACCCCUUAGUCAGCGAGCUGCCUGCCUCCGAAGACGGUCGGCGGUCGAACAAGCGAGUGCACUCUUUUGCGCAGCUGUUGGAUGGCGACACCAGCGUGGCACAAGGGGGAGCCCCGAAGUUGAGGAAGGAAUACAGUGCCUGGACUGAAGGAGAAGAGCAGCGUCUGCUCGAAGGCUUUCGGAUUUACGGAAAGCAGUGGAACAUGAUUUCCAAGAGCUGUGGCCUCCAACACAGGAAUGGGAUGCAGAUCAAAGACAAGUGGCGGAAUCUACAGAAAAAGGGGCUGGUGCCGGCGCGCGAAGGCAAGGAUGGCCGAUCGGAAGUGGAGGUUGGGGUCCAAGGGCCUGAAGAUCUGGCGGCAUGGGCGGAGCCCGCUUCCACACCCCAGCGACGCUCAGAAUGGCAACAACAAACACUUCUCAUUUGGGUCGCAGUGGUGGCGCUUUGGACAUUUCUAGACUGCGUGGUGGAUCCCGGUGUAAAGCCAUUCGAAGAUCCGGGUAGCUUGCUCAACAUUGCCCUGCCCACCUCGGUACUUGUAGCCCCCGGGGCGGCGGUUGCUGCCUCUGCCCAGCUUGCACCGCGACCAACGGGCAUUGCCGAAGCCAAGAAGAUGAAGACCUGCGCCGUUUUCGUCGGUGAUAGCUUGACACAAGGUACCCUCUCGGCCAACGUUCUUCAAGUCCUUGAGUCGCGCUGCCAGAGAGAUCUUGGUGCCUUUGUAAAUGCUGGGCGAAAUUUCCGGGCGUUGAGCGAUACCUUGGAGUCCGAUCUUUUGGAGGAGGCGUCUGCCCUGCAGCCAAGCCAUGGCUUGGUUUUGCUGCUUGGAACCAAUGACCUCAUCCGCUACACAGCCGUGGCAGGAGCCUUCCGGGUCUCCGAGGAAGACUGGCUGGCAAGCUACGAAGGGCAGCUGCAGCAGGCAGUCAGCCGCAUUUCUCGAGAUUUCCCAGUGCUGCUCGCGUCGCCACCCCCUUUAGGAGAAGAUCUGAACUCAGAGGAGGCGCGCCUUGGUGCGUCUAUGGCAAAAUCAGUGCGCCGGGUCGCCGAGAAGAGCGAGUGCAUCUAUGUGCCCCUUUUCGAGGCCUGUGCUGACCACUUGAACCAGGCAGCCUCAAGAGGGAGUUUGGCAGCCAAGUCCCGAGCAUAUUCCUUGGGUGAGUCUCUGCUGCUCCUUUGUGCGCUCCCCUGGCGGCUCUAUGCUGGAAGUGGCGAAAGUUUGCAGCAGAUCCAAGAGGCAUCUGGGUUGGAACUGACAGUGGACUUGGUGCACUACGGACCUGUCUAUGGCGACAUAGCUUCAAGGCUCUUCAUCCAGAAGUUGGGGAUCACACCGUCAAACUGA